GUGGAGUCGCUGGUGGCUGUAUAACAGCAAACCCACAAGGAAACGAUGCCGUUACAUGAGGAAUUUCCAGAUUCCUCCGUUCUUGCUUUCAAUUUCUGCAAGGGUGAGAAACAGAGCCAGUUUGCGGGAAUAUUAUGUGAGGAUCAGGUUACCAUCAUGGACUAUCCACGACAGUAUGAGGGCUAUUCCUUCCUUCCACUGUCUUUGAUUCAACAUCUUCUUUGUUUUUGUGAAAGUUGGCUUUCACUUGGAAAUCAACAGAAUAUUAUUCUUCUCCAUUGUGAGAGGGGGGUUGGCCACAUCGCAUGAAGUCUGUCUCCAUGGCGAAGUUUACUUAACAAGAAAUUGAAGCACUUCAAAACGAUGGUAACCAGCGUGCAAGAGAGUUGUUUGAUAAAAAGCCUGGAGAAGCACUUGCUGAUGGGGACUUAAUAAAUUUGAAGUACUUGAAGUGGGGAAAUGAAGCUGAAGAGUUGGGCGGUACUCUCAGUGGAAAAUUAAGACUUGGUUGUAUGACCAUAUGGGCUCUAGGGUUGACUAUGAUGCACCUAGACAGGGGUGCACUAGAAUGCUCUACAAUGCUGAUGGAAGCAUACUAUUCUCUUGUGGAACAAGUAAAGAUGCUGACUCUUUCCUAGUUGAAUGGAAUGAAACUGAAGGAGCAAUAAAGAGGACAUAUUCUGGAUUUAGAAAGAUAUCUGUUGUUAAAUACAUUCCUUAUGAGAAAUAUUUUUUUGCUCACUAUCUGUUUGACAUAUUACCACUUAAAGUGGUUUUUGAGCAUUUUGAUAGAGGAAAGGAAGGAAACCUUGUGGAAAGAGAUUGUGAUGGCCAAGGUUCUGUCUGGUGGAAUGAGUUUAGUUUUCAUUUCCUAAAUCAUAGUCGACCACAUUUGGUGAAAUUUAUUGACUCUGAUGAGCUAAUGAUAUUCGUGCAUGAUGCUGGUGGAAUCCUACCUACAAUUAACCAUUCGCCUUGGGAUGGUUUAACACUUGCAGAUUUUGUCAUACCAUUUUUUCUCUUUAUUGUUGGUAUUUCACUUGCACUUAUCGACAAGAAUUUGUUAUGCAGAGCUGUUGCAACUAGAAAAACAAUACCACGGGCUCUAAAGCUUUUAAUGUUAGGUCUGUUUCUUCAAGAUGGCUUCUUCCAUGGCCUUAAUGAUUUAACUUAUGGGGUGGAUAUUGAACAUAUGAGAUGGAUGGGUAUACUACAGAGAAUUGCAAUAGCAUAUCUACUAGCAUCAUUGUGUGAGAUUUGGCUGAGGGGUGAUGUAUAUUGUAGCAAUAGCCAUAAUAGGGUGCUCCCUUCUAGUUCUGAUGGUCAGGUCUCCCUACAGAGAAUAUCGGUUCUUAUCGUCUAUUUCGUGUUCGUUUCCCCUCCCUCGGCGGAAAUGGGCAUUGCAAUUCUUCCCUCCCAGAACUGCUUUCAAGGCCGGUUUCGGCACGAAGCCCUGACCCUAACUCCUUUCAAACCUCGCCGAUACUCUAACCCCGACAGCCCUCAGUCCCGCCGGCAGAAGCGAAGUCCUGAUCGUAAUCGGAGAGAUGGAUCCGUGGCGGCAAGGUUUGUCGCCAAGAACCUGGUCAUGGGGCAGGUCAAGAUCCUUAAGCGCGGAGAGACGUUGAGCCAGACGAAGAGUUACGAUAAUCGGAAGCCGAGGGCGAAGAAGGAAAAUGAUUUUAAUUUGGUGUUGCGAUCCACUGGCCGGCUUGGUCCGGCCCCGCUGACGGUCCAGAAGUAUAUUAGGGUAUCGGAGUUAAAGGUCGUCAAUGAAAUAUAUGCCGGAUCGGCCUUCGUCGCGUCGCCUCCUCCAAGUUGCCUACCUGUCCCGUGCUUCUUGGGUAGAAACAACGGAUCGGCCACGAGCGAUUUGCGUCGAUUGUUGCGCCUCGAUUCGGUCUGA